GGCAAUGACGAGCAGAGGAGCCUUGGUGUCUGCAACAGGUUGUGAGUCGGCAGAUCGGCUGAUUCUCACCUCGCAGAAGUCGUUCGAGCAGAUCAUGCAGCAGUUUGAAGACGUGAAGACCAAGGCAGAAGGGGAUGUGAAGGCCAUCACGGGCGAGAUCUUGGCAAUGGUGGCAGCACGGGGCGGUGUGUGGCAGCCCUUGGACACCAGCGGGGAGAUGCAUGUCAACGCAGGUGGGCGGCGGGUCCAUGUGCACAGGACUCGCAGCCAGCCAGCCAGCCAGCCACAUUCAUUGAUUCAUCGCUGUGCUCUUUUUGUCUGUGCGCAUUCGCAAACAACAAACAGGUGGCACCGUGUUUCCUGUCAGCCGCCGCGCCCUGCUGAUGCCGGCCAUGGUGCACAAGUACAUCUCGGUUCUGCUGAUGCACCACGCGGACGGCCUCCCAAGAGAUGCCGACGGCCAUGUCUAUCUGGAGACCUCACCCGCACACUUCGAGGCAUUUCUGGACGAGCUGACGCUCUAUGAGACCGGCCGCACCGACACCGUCCAGCUGCCGGCAUCCAAGGCCGACGAUCCCGCUUACAACGAGUAUCACGCCCUCUUCAUGCGAGACAUCGGCUACUACACGGCCACCCAGGUGCCCACAGGAGCUCACACCACACCCACCACACCGACGGACGCCCCAUCCGAUGAGAUACGGCAGCACACACAGGCCUGGGAAGCGUCCCUGCGUGCCCACGCGACGGCCGUCAAGCGACUUCGCGCGAUGCGCGACGGCAUCGGGCGCUUCCUGGAGGCCAUGGAGCCCUUCUUCGCCAGCCAGGACGAGAGCAACAAUGAGAUCCUGAGCCUGACGGUUCUCGGCCGCAGGGUGUCGGUGAUGCGCAAGACGCUGAUGCGGCUGGGACCUGACCACCCCCUGCUCACGCGCUUCUCCACGUAAGGGGCAGUGGCAUGCAUGCCCGGACGCAAAACGCUUGGAUGGCUCGUGCUGUUGUGUUCAGGACUCCGCCCUGCUGGCAAGGCCGUCAGGUCGACAAGACACCGGCGCGGCACUUUGUCAGCAUCGUAGACUUUGCCCGCCGCAUCUCGACCAUGUCAGGACAGCUCAUCCGGCCUCCACUGAUCGAGCAGGACAAGAUGCGACACUUCGUUGAGGACACUGUAAGGGCAGACAGCAGUGACGAUUUCACCCGGGAGCAUCGUGUUGACGGUUGUUCAUGUGUGUCAGGAGAUGUAUGGUCUCAAGCACGAGCCGUCGGUGCCCCGUCUGGACGAGGGCAACCUCAUCAUCAAGACGCAGAGCGAGAUGGCCGAGGUGCUCGCGAUGACGGGCAAAGACUCAUGCACAGCCACAAUCAUAUACAAGUCAGUCAGCUAACGCACAGAGAGACAGCUGUGAGAAUGUGCCCUCAAAGGCUUUCUUGUUUGUAUGGCUUGUGUCUUGUCCGGCAGGGGCAGCCGUGGCACGCAGCUGACGUUGUACCCCAAGAUGCUCGAGUGCGUGGCGGGCAAGAGCGGCCUGCUCUUCGCCAUCAGGCAGGGCGACACUCACCGAUUCGGGUGCUUCAUCGACGGCGAGCUGACACCGCCCCAAGAACCCACACAGACGAGCGGCCUGUACAAGGUGCCCUUAUUCUUCUUUUCGCUGUCCGGCGCCUACGACACACCGACCAAGAUCGAGCUGCCGAAGGACAAGCAGUAUGUGGAGGUGGCCGGCACACAGGGGGCAGUGAAGGCCGCCAACAUGGACAGGCGUGCCAACGUGGUCAUCGGUUACGGGCGUCUGUGGCUGGGGUACGCUAACCCGGGUCCGGCGGCCGACCUCAGCAGCUGCUGUCAGUGGAUCAAGAGGGGCCACAUGCCUGCAUGCUACAAGGGGGAGACCAAUAAGCGGGGCAACGGGACUCUCGCCGCUACGCACGAUUUCACUUUCACUUUCGACGAAAUGGAAAUCUACCACGUUGAGACCGUCAGUUCGGCCACUGCAGUGGGGGGCAGGGCGGGCAAGCCCAGGGGACUCGUGGACUGGCUCUUCGGGGCAUGCAAAUAGACUGACUGACUGACUGCCGGACGGACGGACGGGUGGAUGGAUGGAUGGAUGGCCUGCCUGCCACAAGGGGAGCGUAAAGAAAGGCCGGCGUUGGUAUGUGUGUGUACGUGAGAGUCAUGUGUGUCAUGUUGAUGAAGGGGUUUUAUGAAGGAUCAGAGAGCAGAUCACUUGCCGGUCGGUGGCGUAUACCUCUGUGUGUCUGGCUGGUUGCAUACUAGUUUUAACAGAUGGCAUUUUCCUGGUGCUGUUCUGCCCCUUGCUUCUGUGUCUAUAUAUUCAUCGAUGACACAGAGAGAGCGCGAGAGACUCUAACACGUUCGCGCGAGAAACAGACUCCUUCUCAUUGAAACAGACUCGAGAAUGGCCAGCAAGUAAAUGAAUGAGUCAC